UAAACUUCUGUUGAUAUGCCGACUGGGAACUGCAUGCGCCUGUCAGUUCACUGUAUGAAGCGUUUUGACAGUGGUGUAAUACCAGCCUUCCUCCUGUGAGCAGAAGGAUUAUUCCUCCUCCUCCUGUGAGCAGAAGGAUUGUUCCUCUUUCUUCUAUGAGCAGAUGAGUGACAGAAGGAUGGUCCCUCCUCCUCGUCUCACUGGAGCCCUCAGGUCCUUCUCUGGACUCUGUAAAACAGAGGACCCCACAGAAAAGCCAGUUGAUGUCAAGGCGAAGCGUCUAAAGCGACAGGAGCUGUUCGCCAAAGAAGGCCUGACGUGGAAGAAGAUCGUGAGCUUCUGCAGUGAACAUGAAGAGCUCCGAACUGUUCUACAGGCUGCCAAGCAGAUAGUGGGCUCUGAACAUGGACAAGACGCCAUUGAAAGUGCUGCAGUGUUUCUGUUUGAGCUCUUUCAUAACAAAGACCACGUGGGCACAGAAGAGACACGUUCUAUCAAGCAGAUGUUUGGACCCUUCCCCUCCUCCGCCACUGAGUCUGCCUGCGCUUCCAUCGUCCAAAUCGUCUCCAAACUCGGAGAUUCUCGAGUGGAAGAAUUCAUUCAAACUCAAAGCUCACGCCACGACCCCAAAAAGGGCUUCUGUUUCGGACGCAAUAUUCAGUUCUCACACGAGACUUACCCACUAGAACCUUUACAAGAUUUUCCUGAGAACGGUUUUGUAGAAGACGAUAUUACGUUGGAUUUUAAGAACUAUUUUGCAUAUCAACAAAGUGCAAAAAAAGAGUCGAUUGAGAGCGGAGCUUCCAGUUCCAGCCAGAGGGGGCGCAGUGGAGAGGAUGAGGACGUUUUGAGGACAGAGGUGGUGAAGUAUUUGAGUGGAGGCAACAUGAUUUCGUCCAGUGCGGAGGAGCUGUGCUCAUCUGUGUUUGAAAUGCUAUCAUCACCGAGGAGCAACGACGAGCUACAGAAUGAGCUGUUUGAGCUACUGGGUCCAGAGGGGCUGGAGAUGAUCUUUGUGUUGCUGCAGAAGAGGACCUCCAUCGUGGACUCUGUGCUGAACGCUCCCCCAGACCGUGCUCCACACACAGGAGACUUCAGUCGCAUGGUGGGCCCUGAAGUGUCUAAGCCGGCGUUUGGGUGUCAGGUGACCAUCCUCUCGGAGCAGGAGAAGCAGAUGCUAAAGGUGUACCGCAGGGAGGAGAAGAGAGAGAGGAAACGCGCUAAAGCCACAGACGACAAUGACGGCUACGAGGCUGCGCUGAACUUUGACCCCCGAGAGAUGAGAGCGCAGCGGGAACAGGCUCUCCUGAAUGCUCGCCGUGAACCAGUGCUGUUGAGAGAAAGAGUCUACGAGCGAGUCCGGUAUCCAAACGUCUAUGACAGCUACGCAGAGGCCACCAAGGCGCCAGCAUUUGUGGGAGGAGCCAGGAUGCUGUUGCCUGAGGGAAUUCGCCGAGACAACACAAAGAUGUUCGAGGAGGUGGAGAUCCCGCCCAGUGACCCCAUGCCGAUCGGCUUUGAAGAGAAACCAGUCUACAUCUCCGAGCUGGACGAGAUUGGUCAGCUGGUUUUCAAAGGCAUGAAGCGCCUGAACCGGAUCCAGUCCUUGGUUUUUGAGACGGCUUACAACACCAACGAGAACCUUCUGAUCUGCGCACCCACGGGAGCAGGUAAAACCAACAUCGCCAUGCUAACGGUGCUGCAUGAGAUCCGUCAACACCUGCAGCCUGGCGGCGUCAUCAAGAAGGACGAGUUUAAGAUCGUUUACGUCGCUCCCAUGAAGGCGCUGGCCGCUGAGAUGACAAACUACUUCAGUAAACGCCUGGAGCCUCUGGGUGUCGCAGUGAAGGAGCUGACUGGAGACAUGCAACUCAGCAAAGGGGAGAUCCUAAGGACGCAGAUGCUGGUGACGACUCCAGAGAAGUGGGACGUAGUAACGAGGAAGAGCGUUGGUGAUGUGGCUCUGUCUCAGAUCGUGCGUUUGUUGAUUUUAGACGAGGUUCAUCUGCUUCAUGAAGACAGAGGUCCAGUGCUGGAGAGUCUGGUGGCCCGGACCAUUCGACAGGUGGAGUCGACUCAGAGUAUGAUCCGUAUCUUGGGCCUGUCUGCCACUCUGCCUAAUUACCUGGAUGUCGCCACCUUCCUCCACGUGAACCCGUACAUUGGACUCUUCUUCUUCGAUGGACGCUUCAGACCAGUGCCUCUCGGACAAACCUUUGUGGGGAUUAAAAGCACCAAUAAGGUGCAGCAGCUUCAUGACAUGGAGGAGGUGUGUUACAACAAAGUAUUGGACCAAGUCAGAGCAGGGCACCAGGUGAUGGUGUUUGUCCAUGCUCGUAACGCCACAGUGAGGACGGCCAUGGCACUCAUCGAAAUGGCCAAAAACAAUGGCGACAUCUGCGUCUUCCAGCCAGACCAGGGCCCUGACUACGGACAGUGUGAGAAACAGGUUCAGCGCUCCAGGAAUAAGCAGAUGAAGGAGAUGUUUCCGGAGGGUUUUGGGAUCCAUCACGCGGGAAUGCUGCGCUCAGACCGAAGUCUGAUGGAGAGCAUGUUCUCCAAAGGCUACCUCAAAGUCCUGGUCUGCACCGCCACACUGGCCUGGGGAGUCAACCUGCCCGCCCAUGCUGUCAUCAUCAAGGGCACUCAGAUCUACGAUGCCAAACGAGGCUCUCUGGUGGACCUGGGGAUUCUGGACGUGAUGCAGAUCUUUGGUCGUGCCGGUCGGCCUCAGUUUGAUAAAUUUGGAGAAGGAACCAUCAUCACGUCCCACGACAAACUGAGCCACUACCUCACCCUCCUCACGCAGCAGAACCCCAUCGAGAGCCAGUUCCUUGACAGCCUCGCCGAUAAUCUCAACGCUGAGAUUGCUUUGGGGACAGUGACGAACGUGGAGGAGGCAGUGAAGUGGCUCAGUUACACUUAUCUCUACGUCCGAAUGAGAGCCAACCCUCUGGCCUAUGGCAUCAACCACAAGGCCUAUCAGAUGGAUCCGUCUUUGGAGCUGUACAGGAAGGAGCUGGUGAUCGAGUGCGGGAGGAAACUAGACAAAGCCAGAAUGAUCCGGUUUGAGGAGAGGACUGGGUACUUCGCCUCCACAGACCUGGGCAGGACGGCCAGCCACUUCUACAUCAAAUACAACACCAUAGAGACCUUCAAUGAAAUGUUCAACUCCCAGCGCACAGAGGCCGACAUCCUGAGCAUCGUGUCCAAAGCAGAAGAGUUUGACCAGCUGAAGGUUCGGGACGAGGAGAUGGAGGAGUUGGAGCAGAUGUUGUGUUCAUUCUGUGAGCUGCCAGCCGCUGGUGGAGUGGAGAAUGGAUAUGGCAAAGUAAAUAUUCUGCUCCAGACCUACAUCAGCAGAGGAGAGGUGGACAGCUUCUCCCUCAUCUCUGACCUGUCUUACGUCGCCCAGAAUGCCGCUCGUAUCGUGCGUGCACUGUUUGAGAUUGCCCUGAGGAAGCGUUGGCCCACCAUGACCUACAGACUGCUGACUCUGUGUAAAGUGAUUGACAAACGUCUGUGGGGUUUCUGUCACCCGCUCAGGCAGUUCCCAAACCUGAGCCCUGUCAUCCUGAACAGACUGGAGGAGAAGAAGCUCACUGUGGACAAGCUCAAGGAGAUGAGGAAGGACGAGAUCGGCCACAUGCUUCAUCACGUGAACAUCGGCCUCACGGUGAAGCAGUGCGUCCAUCAAAUCCCGUCCGUGACCAUGGAGGCCAGCAUCCAGCCAAUCACACGCACUGUUCUCCGAGUACGCCUUGUUAUCACGCCAGACUUCAGGUGGAACGAUCAGGUGCACGGCUCCGUGGGUGAGCCCUGGUGGCUGUGGGUGGAAGACCCUAUGAACGAUCACAUUUACCAUUCAGAAUACGUCCUGCUGCAGAAGAAACAGGUGGUGACAGGAGAGCCGCAGCACAUUGUCUUCACCAUCCCGAUCUUUGAGCCGUUGCCAUCUCAGUAUUACAUCAAAGUGGUGUCUGACCGCUGGCUUGGAGCUGAGGCCAUCUGCAUCAUCAACUUUCAAAACCUCAUCCUCCCUGAACGGCACCCUCCACACACCGAGCUGUUGGACCUGCAGCCGUUGCCCAUCACCGCUUUGGGAAACAGGGAGUACGAGAGUCUGUACAAAUUCACUCACUACAACCCCAUCCAGACCCAGAUAUUCCACACGCUGUACCACACUGACACCAACGUCCUGCUGGGGGCGCCAACAGGCUCCGGGAAAACCAUCGCCGCGGAGAUGGCUAUGUUCAGGGUCUUCAACAAGUAUCCAGGCGCCAAGGUGGUGUACAUUGCCCCAUUGAAAGCUCUGGUCCGAGAGAGGAUUGAGGAUUGGAAAGUCCGUAUUGAGGAGCAACUGGGGAAAAAAGUGGUAGAGCUGACGGGCGACGUGACCCCAGACAUGAGAGCCAUCGCUCAGGCCGAGCUCAUCGUCACCACCCCUGAGAAGUGGGACGGAGUGAGCCGGAGCUGGCAGAACCGCAGCUACGUCCAGAAAGUGGCCAUUCUGAUCAUAGACGAGAUACACCUGCUGGGUGAAGACAGGGGUCCCGUCCUGGAGGUGAUCGUGUCCAGGACUAACUUCAUUUCUUCGCACACGUCCAAAAGUGUCCGAGUCAUUGGUCUGUCCACAGCUUUGGCCAACGCUCGAGACCUGGCAGACUGGCUUGGGAUAGGACAGGUGGGAUUGUUUAACUUCCGUCCGUCUGUGCGUCCUGUCCCGCUCGAGGUGCACAUCCACGGGUUUCCAGGGCAACACUACUGCCCCCGCAUGGCCACUAUGAACAAACCAACUUUUCAAGCCAUCCGUAGUCACUCUCCUGCCAAACCUGUUCUGAUCUUCGUUUCGUCGCGACGUCAGACUCGACUCACGGCUCUGGACCUCAUCGCUUACCUGGCCACAGAGGACAACCCCAAACAGUGGCUGCACCAGGACGAGCGGGAGAUUGAGGCCAUCAUCGCCACAGUGCGAGACUCAAACCUGAAGCUGACUCUGGCGUUUGGGAUCGGGAUGCACCACGCCGGACUUCACGAGAGAGACCGGAAAACCGUGGAAGAGCUGUUUGUCAAUUGCAAAAUACAGGUUCUAAUUGCCACCAGCACUUUGGCCUGGGGCGUCAACUUCCCUGCUCACCUAGUGGUCGUAAAGGGAACUGAAUUUUACGACGGCAAGUCCAGGCGUUACGUGGACUACCCCAUUACAGAUGUUUUGCAGAUGAUGGGACGCGCAGGUCGGCCUCAGUUUGAUGAUCAGGGCAAAGCUGUGAUCCUGGUUCACGACAUUAAGAAAGAUUUCUAUAAGAAAUUCCUCUAUGAACCAUUCCCCGUCGAGUCCAGCCUCCUGAGUGUGCUCUCUGAUCAUCUAAACGCUGAGAUCGCCGCAGGAACCAUCUCCUCCAAACAGGACGCCAUGGACUACAUCACGUGGACAUACUUCUUCAGACGGCUCGUCAUGAACCCCAGUUAUUACAGCCUGGAGGACAUCAGCCAUGACUCCAUCAACAAGUAUCUGUCCAGUUUGGUGGAGAGGAGCCUUCGAGACCUGGAAUGCUCCUACUGCAUCGAAAUACAAGAGGAUGAUCGCACGAUUGAGCCCAUGACGUACGGACGCAUCUCCUCUUAUUAUUACCUCAAACAUCAAACCAUCCGAAUGUUCAAGGAGCGGCUCCGAGCAGAGCUGCCCAUCGAGGAGCUUCUGUCUGUCCUCACGGAUGCAGAAGAGUACGCAGAGCUCCCAGUGCGACACAAUGAGGACCAGCUGAACAGUGUGUUGGCUCAGCAACUCCCCCUGCAGGUGAACCCACACUCGUUCGACAGCGCUCACACCAAAACUCACCUCCUGCUCCAGGCCCACUUCAGCCGCGCCCCGCUCCCCUGCAGCGACUACGGCACUGACACCAAGACCGUGCUGGACAACGCCAUCCGCAUUUGCCAGGCCAUGCUGGACGUGUGUGCUCAUGAGGGUUGGCUCGUGGCCUCUCUGAGCGUGUGUCAGCUGGUGCAGAUGUUGGUCCAGGGUCGUUGGCUUCAUGACUCCUCUUUGCUCACUUUGCCCCAUGUGGAGAAACAGCACCUCUAUCUGUUCAGGAAAUGGUCAAAUAAGAAGAGCCCCUCAGAUAAAGGCGGCUACACUGGACCAGUAGAGGGCAUCCCAGAGCUGAUGGCAGUUUGUGGGGGAAGAGAAAGUGUGUUUGCCUCAGUCCUGGAGCAGGAGUUUAAUCACAGUCAAAUCAGUCAAGCGUGGUCGUUCUUGAGCCACCUUCCUGUGCUGGAGCUGAGCAUGAGUGUGAAGGGCUGGUGGGAGGGGGACAAACAGCAGACGGAGCGCCCCCUGUCUGCAGUGAGAAUGAACCUCCGGGACGACAGCAGCUGGUGUGAGGUCCACGCCGAUCAGGAGUAUGUUCUACAGGUGUCUCUGAGAAGGAUCAACGCAGGGCAGCAGAGGAGGAAGCAGGACAGUAAGGCUCAGGCACCGCGGUUCCCCAAAGCAAAGGACGAAGGCUGGUUCCUGGUGCUGGGGGAGGUGGAGCGACGGGAGCUGUUAGCCGUGAAGAGAGUGGGCUACGUCAGGAACCACACGGUCGCUUCUGUGGCCUUUUACACCCCAGAGACCACCGGGAAAUACAUCUACACUCUGUAUGUGAUGAGCGACAGUUACCUGGGCCUGGACCAACAGUACGACAUCCAUUUGAAUGUAACUCCCCCGAGCAUCUCUGCCCAGGUCAAUACUGAAGUGUCUGACUCCAUCAGCGAUCUGUCUGUGAGCUGACGCCAUGGCGACUGCACCAAAAACUGCACCAAAAACAACUGCACCCGAACACACUGACCUUGUUUACAUUUAACCUGUGCUUAUAAUCUCUGUUGGAUUAUACAUAGAGUGGAACUAUGCAAUCGUAUAUUUGCCUUUUCGCUAUCAAAAGUCAUUCCAGAGUUUUGCAAUUCAAAUAUAAAAGCUUUGCCCUAUGAUUUUCACCUUAUCUGACUGACUAUGGGCUUUUGUAAUGUGCCAAAAAUAUUAAAACGUCAGAGGACUCAAAGUGAAGCAAAACUUCAAAAAUCUGACUACCUUAACUUACAACUAGUAUAUAAAUUUAGUCCUCCAGCUAAGGAAGUCCUGACCAAGACUAGCUCCAGAUCCGGAGAUGGGUCUCUGCCGUAGACUGUAUAUAUAAAUGGACAUAUAGCUAACCUGCUAGCCACCGGAUUCCAACUAGGAAAUGAUCAUGGGCACACUUCUGGCUCCAGUUCACUUUCUAUUGAAAAAGUGUGUCCCUUCUUUAUACAGUCUAUGGUCCCUGCUCCAGACGGGUUAGGAUUGGGUUUAGGGUUAGGGUCACCACAGCAGCGUUGAGGGUGGGUCAAAUGCAGAGGACACAUUUCCUUAAAGGGACAGUACAGUGUAUCCAAACUUUAAACGUAAAACACAUUUUAAAAUGUGACACUGUAGAAGAAUAGAAAAAAUAUUAAACAUAGAGAUAUCAAUUUGAAGCUUCUUUUGUAGUUUACUUACAUCAAUUUAAGACAAAGCAUAUUUUACAAAUUUUUUGUCGCAUAAUGUUUUCAUGUAAAAUUAAGGCAUUUUAUGUGUAAAAACUGAUAAAAUGUCCCAUUUUUGGGACAUUCAAAACAGAAACAUGAAGACAGCCAGCUUAAAAUUUCUUACUUCUUUUUGUUAAAUAUUAGAUACUUAAAAAACACACAGGAGAUUUUGGAUCUUAUUGAGUAUUUGAGUAAACUAGAUCUGACUGAACAUUUUCCUAAAAAUGUCGCCCACAUUUUUUUUUAAAGUUAAAACUUGAAUAAAUCAGACUUGGAAUUCGAUAUCAAAAAUCCCUCUGAACAUUUUGUCAUAUUUAAGUACGACAUUGUAAAGUUUGGUGUGUGUUGGUGCUGCUUAAAGGCCUGAUCUUUACAUCCCUUUGAAGGAAAUGCAUUUUGAGAAAAUGGCCUUUGAAGUUACACUGUCCCAAGUAACUCUAUGGAGGCAGGUUGGAGGUGGAGGUUUAUUAAAUUAAAUUUGCCUAUAGUGUCUCCCCUUCAGUCUAUUCCUUACAUAGACGAUAUACAGUGGUCCCUCGUACGUUUUAAAAAUAACCCACAAUAGGCGAAAUCUGAGAAGUAGUCAGCUUUAUUUUUUACAAUUAUUCUAUGUUUUGCAGCUGUAAAACCCCUCACCACACACUUUAUACACUUUUCUCAGACAGGCAUUAACAUUUUCUCACAUUUCUCUCUUUAAUUUUCUUUAAUUAAUUAAUAGUGACUCGUAUGUCAGUUCCUCUGAUCGUGCCUCUUCGUCCUAGUGCUGCUCUGCUGUAGUGUCCAUCCAACAUUUAUAUAAAUUUGGCUUAUGUAAAUGUGGCUUUGACUGUACAGCAGACACGGCACAGAGGAGACUGAUGGACAAUGGUCUAAGUCCCUUAGCCAAUCAGGACACAGAACACAGUGCAUGUUCAUACACUGUAAAAAAGCGAGACCGAGAGGGACCACUGUAUAGAACCUUUGAGCUGGUACACUGAGCGAGGGCAUCACAAAUACGCUUCUUUGAGUCAUUCAUAUAAAGCAGAAUACCAGUCUCUGUCUGUGCCAAUGUCGCCCAUCAACAGGAAAAACAUUUUCUUUGAUGUUGGGCUUGAAGGAUUGUGAUGUUCUGCUGCCUCUUUGGCUCUUAUGAGGAGCUCAGUAAUUUGUAAAAAGGGUCUAAUAAAAAUAAAAAAACAUUUAAAAAAUGUUGAAUUUAAAGGUGGACAGUAUAACGUACUUGUCUCCAUGCAGAUGUAAUUGGUUUGCCUGGAAUGUUCCACAGUAUGGCAUUAAGCUUGCCUGUCUUGGGUUUAUUUAAGUACACAUUUUUUUCCUGAGUGUGCUCGCCUCUCCACAGAUCUUCGCUGAAAUUUUGUCUGAUGGCAUUGCCUGCUUCUCUUCAUUGAGAUAAAUACGUUUAAUGCCAUACUGUGGAACAUCCCAGGUGCAGUGUCAACAUCUCCAUGGAUACAAGCAGGUGGUGGAGCCUCUGUUAACAACGUCACAAAGUUCACCUCAUGAAGUUACUUUUUGACAAACAUUUAAACUCUAUUUUUAAAUGUACAAACUGAAUAUGAGAUUAUAAUAGUAACAUGUUUAUUUUCUGAAACCAUAAACUCUUUAUAAAAUGGACAUAGCUAACCUACUAGCCGCCAUGUUCCAAACAGGAAGUGAUCAUGGGCGCGCUUCCUGCUUCACCUCUACAUGAUCCUGGGGUUAGGAGCGUUACCUUCAACUGCCUCGCUCCGGAUUGGCUCUUUGGUUGCUAUGAUACUCACAGUCAGAAUUCCAAAUGUAGAACUUGGCUCCAGAUUGCCCGCUAUAACUGCUAGCCUUGAUGAGCUUCAUUUGGAGCUGAACGCUGUGGUGAUUUCACACACACUUCCUUAAACAGUCUGUGUCUAAAAUAUAAAAGUGCUUUUUGUUAACAUUUUUAGAUUAUAUUUUGAUCCUUUUUACAAAAUCCUGACUCGUCUCACGCAGCCAAACUCUGAGCGUCUUAAACAUAUGUCAUAGUGGCAUGUCUGGACUUUUGACACUUGUGAUACAAGUAAUAACUGAUGGAAUAUGUUUAUUUACUUAAACAGAUUCAAAUGGAAGGAAUCUUUAACAUGAUGAGUCCUGAGGAGCUUUAAGCCUCUGUAAGAGAAAGAGUGGAGGCUUUGGAAUCUUAGUUUGACAAAAGUAAUGUUAGGACUUUGAAAAUUGUUUGUGGAUAAGGUCGGUCAGAGUUUGUUUAAAUAAAUGCAUU